AUGCCGCCGCCUCCCUCGCCUCCGCCAUCGCCGCCACCCCCCUCGCCACCGCCUUCGCCACCGCCACCUUCUCCGCCGCCGCCGUCGCCCCCUCCGUCGCCGCCACCGCCCUCGCCGCCGCCGCCUUCCCCCCCACCCCCUUCGCCGCCGCCGCCGUCGCCGCCGCCGCCGUCGCCACCGCCGCCGUCCCCGCCGCCCUCGCCGCCACCUCCAAGCCCCCCGCCGCCAUCGCCACCUCCACCAAGCCCUCCGCCGCCAUCGCCGCCGCCAUCGCCGCCGCCAUCGCCGCCGCCGCCGUCGCCUCCACCUCCAUCGCCGCCACCGCCGUCGCCACCGCCGCCGUCGCCACCUCCUCCGUCGCCGCCGCCACCCUCGCCGCCGCCACCCUCGCCACCGCCGCCCUCGCCGCCUCCGCCGUCACCACCUCCUCCGUCGCCGCCACCUCCGUCUCCGCCGCCACCCUCGCCGCCUCCGCCCUCACCACCGCCACCGUCGCCGCCGCCGCCGUCGCCGCCGCCUCCGUCACCACCGCCACCCUCGCCUCCUCCACCAUCGCCCCCGCCGCCCUCACCCCCGCCCUCGCCGCCGCCACCUUCGCCACCGCCGCCGUCACCUCCGCCUCCUAGCCCGCCGCCACCCUCGCCGCCGCCUCCUAGCCCGCCGCCACCAAGCCCGCCGCCGCCUUCGCCUCCGCCACCGAGCCCUCCACCUCCGUCGCCACCGCCGCCCAGCCCACCACCGCCCUCGCCCCCUCCGUCGCCGCCACCCUCGCCGCCACCGCCCUCGCCGCCGCCGCCCUCGCCAGAGCCGUCGCCGCCGCCCCCGCCCUCGCCAAAGCAGCCCGAGCCGUCGCCGCCGCCGCCCUCGCCGCCGCCGCCCACGCCGCCUCCGCCCACGCCGCCCCCGCCGUCGCCCCCUCCGUCGCCGCCACCCUCGCCGCCACCGCCCUCGCCGCCGCCGCCCUCGCCAGAGCCGUCGCCGCCGCCGCCCUCGUCACCAGAGCCAUCCCCGCCGCCCCCACCCUCGCCCUUGUCGCCAGAGCCGUCGCCGCCGCCGCCGCCGCCGCCGCCGCCCACGCCGCCUCCGCCCACGCCGCCCCCGCCGUCGCCCCCUCCGUCGCCGCCACCCUCGCCGCCACCGCCCUCGCCGCCGCCGCCCUCGCCAGAGCCGUCGCCGCCGCCGCCCUCGUCACCAGAGCCAUCCCCGCCGCCUCCACCCUCGCCCUUGUCGCCAGAGCCGUCGCCGCCGCCGCCCUCGUCACCAGAGCCAUCCCCGCCGCCCCCGCCCUCGCCAGAGCAGCCCGAGCCGUCGCCGCCGCCGCCCUCGCCGCCGCCACCCUCGGCGUCGCCCUCACCGCCGCCACCCUCGGCGUCGCCCUCGCCGCCGCCCCCUGUGGCGCCCCCUGUGAGCCGCCGCCGUAGGCGUCGCUAA